AAUGGGUAGUUGUUGUUCUCAUAGCGAAAGUAGGGAAGGAAUCCAGUAGGGAGGUCAAGAUUCACAAAGAAUGCCUAGGGCAAUAGCAAGAUAGUAAUAGAAUGGGAAUGUAAUCUAAGAUGUGAAUGAAUAAUAUAAAAUAUAUUUUGAUAUUUUGGAAUAACAAUUUAGUGGUAAGGGUUUAAAGAGAACAUAAGCAUAUAAAAGUCAUAUAGAUAUUGGUUAGAUUGAAAAAUUGAGGGAUAUUUUUUGGGGUAAGUUAUGAAAUAUAUAAUUGAUUUAAGAAACCAGAGUCGAGGGGAGACAAGAGAUUUGGUAGAUCUUAAGGUCAAUCAUAAAUGAAGAAGAGGGUAUUGGGAUAAGUGUAUGUUAGAAACUGGCCGAUUUCUAGUUUAGGAGGCUGAAUUGAAACCAAUAAAGGAUUCCUUUCAACAUGUUUAUGAUAAAUUUGGACAAAAAUAUGAUGUACCAAUAUUUUGCAUAAAUGAUCCAAUAGAAUUCUCAAAUGAGAAAUUUGAGGACAGAGGUUUAAUAAAAAAUUAUGGCAAUGAAACUGUAAAAUUACUGAUUCGAAGUGUGAAUUUGAAUGGUAAGGAUAUGGAAGUAGAAUGUAAGUAGAAUUAGAGUGUAGUGGAUUUGAAAGAAAUAGUGAAUGUUGAGUUAUAGAAGGGGAAUCAAAUUUAGUGUGAAUCAAUGAAACUAUUUUAUAGAGGAAAAGAGAUGCAAGAUUAGUAUUAAGUUGGAAGAUACAAUUUAAGUAAUGAAGCCAUAGUAAUUGCUCAUUUGAAAAUAUUGUAAAAGACAUGA